AUGUCCCCCCUGGCCAAGAAGAAGCUGCUGGCCCAGGUGAGCAAGGAGGAGGCUCUGCACUGUCCCAAGCGCCACUGCCCUGAGAGCCGGCCCGCCAAGCCCACUGCUUCCCACCGGGACCAGUGCCGGAGCCGGGAGGUGCCUGGAGCCGGGGGGCACCAGAGCCACUUGCUGCCAGCUCCUGCCAUCUUCACGGGCUGCUUCCACGCAUACGGUCCCGAGGAGCGAGAGGUGUCCGGCAGCCCUGAGGAAGAGAAGGAGAGGCUGAAGGCGGCUGGCGAAAAGGAGGAAGAGGAGGCCUUCCUGGUGAGUCUCUACAAGUUCAUGAAGGAGCGCCGGACACCCAUCGAGAGAAUCCCACACCUGGGCUUCAAGCAGAUUAACCUGUGGAAGAUCUACAAGGCUGUGGAGAAGCUGGGCGCCUACGAGCUCGUGACGGGCCGCCGGCUCUGGAAGAACGUGUACGAUGAGCGGGGCGGCAGCCCCGGCAGCACCAGCGCCGCCACCUGCACCCGUCGCCACUACGAGAGGCUGGUGCUGCCCUACGUGCGGCACCUCAAGGGUGAGGAGGACAAGCCACUGCCACCCGCCAAGCCCCGCCGGCAGUACAAGGGCUCCAAGGGUGGCCAGGAGCCCACUGAGAAGACUAGGAGAUCCAAGAAGGAGAGGAGCCGGGAGCAGGUGCCCACAGACCAGGCAAAAGAAGAAGCAGUGGCUGCACCAGAAGCUGGUGGAGAUAACACUGUGGAUGCUCCUGAGCGGAGGUGGCUGCCAGAGGGACCCGGUGGCCCUGUGGUGGCUUGUCCGGAGUUGGGCAGGAGCCCCGCGGAGACCAACCAGCGUCUCUUCUCCAGCCUCUCUGCCAAAGGGUGCAUGCAGGAUAACGCCAGAAAGCCGGGACAGUUCGGCACCACAGGGCGAAGAGAUGGGAGCUGGAAAAGCCGCUUCCCACCCUUUGCUGAGCCUUAA